AUGGGGCUUGGAAAAACAAUUCAAACUAUUUCUUUAAUUGCUACAACACUGGAUGCGUCAAGACAAUACGAACAUCAGCAUUCAGCAUCAGCCGUCAACCCUCUAGACACUCAGCUGCGAGCUUCUCACACCACUCUUUUGAUAUGUCCUACUAGCCUCAUGGACAACUGGGAAGAGGAGGUUGGAAAACACACUAGAAAAAACAGCUUGAAAGUCUUGCGCUGGCAUGGCACCGACAGAUUCAAAAUACCUCUACGUGAUAUCCACUCAGCCGACAUUGUCAUUACAACCCCAAAAACACUUAUGUAUGACCAACGGCUUGGUGGAUCAACCCGGGUUCCUUUUACAACCAGAUGGUACAGGGUGGUCAUUGAUGAAGCUCAUGUAAUUCGUAAUGAAACCGCCUCCCAUGCAGUCCUCACCUCUUUGGAAUCAGUCAACCGGCUCUGUCUCACUGGUACUCCGCUCCAUAACAGAAUUGGCGACUUGCACAUGCUCUUCAAAUUUCUGCACAUCAAACCUUUUCAAGAAGACUCAGUAUGG